UCAAGUCAUUCAGUCUCUUUUGUCAUUGUGGAUCGGAGGUAUGAUUUCAGUCGACGAAGUGUGGAAAACGAACGCUCUGCUGAUGCCGAGGGCACGAAGGCCAAAAGCCAGGGCACCGAGGCCAUAAAAUAAAACAAUGAUUUUAAGUUCAUGUCUAUAAUGAAUUUAAUUUAAGGACUAAUGACUCUUCUGAGGAAGAUUGGAGUCCCGGUCAAAACUAUCAAGCAGCUGUGUGAGGACAUGAAAACAGAGACAUCCAUGGAUGGAGAGACCUCAGAAGCCUGUGUGAAGAAAGAGGAGACGCUGGAGCUGAAUAUCUACAGCUAUGGAGACGAUCUCGACAACCCACUUGAAGGUCUCUCCGUUCAAGUGGAAGAUCCUAACGAUAAAGACCAUCUCUACUGUGAAGUUUGCAAAUCCUUCUUCCUCAACAAAUGCGAGGUUCAUGGACCACCCCUCUUCAUCCCCGAUACUCCUGUUCCCAUGGGAGUCCCUGACCGAGCCAGACAAACACUUCCUCCUGGGCUAGAAAUCCAGAAGUCCAGUAUUCCUGAUGCAGGCCUGGGAGUGUUUAAUAAGGGGGAGACUGUUCCAGUAGGUGCACACUUUGGCCCUUGCCAGGGAGAGCUGGUGAACCGAGAGGAAGCCAAGAACAGUGGAGACUCCUCGGUUGUAUACAGGAGCAUGCAGUGUGAAGAAUACAUUGAUGCCAAAAGAGAUACGCAUGUGAAUUGGAUGAGGUAUGUUAAUUGUGCUCGGAAUGAAGAAGAACAGAAUCUUGUGGCAUUUGAGUAUCAAGGGGGAAUUCUGUAUCAUUGCUGUCGACCCAUUAACCCAGGACAGGAGCUCUUGGUGUGGUAUGAAGAGGAGUACACCAAAGAACUCAGUCCUGCACCUACAGGAACAACCAGACAGCAAGGUUCAAUUUGUUAUUUUUGUCCUUUCAUUUCUCCAGAAGUAAAGAACGCUCUGCUGCAAGUCUUUUCAUGCUCCACAUGCCCUCAUUCCGAUGCAUCUCCAAUUUACCUCGACAAGCAUAUCCAGAGAUGCCACUAUGAAGAGUACGUGAGACUGCGAGAAUCAGGAGAGAUUAAAUAUAAGCUUCAGAUCCCCUCCAAAUGCUCCAGUCGUCAAUCAACAUCAACUGAUAUUAUCCAUUCUGAUACUUCCCGUAAUGAUAUACAGAAGGAAAUUCACCACUGCUCAGAUUGUGGAAAGAAUUUUAGUUAUCAGAAUGCACUCAAGACACACCAGCGCAUUCACACAGGAGGAGAUCCACAUCACUGCUCACAGUGUGGUAGGAAUUUUACUUACCAGAGUGCUCUCAAAACACAACAGCGCGUUCACACAGGAGAGAAGCCGUAUCACUGCUCACAGUGUGGGAAGAGUUUUACUCAUCAGAGUGAUCUCCAAAAACACCAGCGCAUUCACACAGGAGAGAAGCCGUUUCACUGCUCACAGUGUGGAAAGAGUUUUACUCAGCAGAGUAAUCUCCGACGACACCAGCGCAUUCACACAGGAGAGAAGCCGUAUCACUGCUCACAGUGUGGGAAGAGUUUUACUAGUCAGAGUCAUCUCCGACUACACCAGCGCAUUCACACAGGAGAGAAGCCGUUUCACUGCUCACAGUGUGGGAAGAGUUUUACUCAUCAGAGUGCUCUCCGACGACACCAGCGCAUUCACACAGGAGAGAAGCCGUAUCACUGCUCACAGUGUGGGAAGAGUUUUACUCAGCAGAGUGAUCUCCAAAUACACCUGCGCAUUCACACAGGAGAGAAGCCGUUUCACUGCUCACAGUGUGGAAAGAGUUUUACUCAGCAGAGUCACUUCCAAAUACACCAGCGCAUUCACACAGGAGAGAAGCCGUAUCACUGCUCACAGUGUGGGAAGAGUUUUACUCAGCAGAGUCACUUCCAAAUACACCAGCACACUCACACAGGAGAGAAGCCGUAUCACUGCUCACAGUGUGGGAAGAGUUUUACUUAUCAGAGUCAUCUCCAACAACACCAGCGCAUUCACACAGGAGAGAAGCUGUUUCACUGCUCACAGUGUGGGAAGAGUUUUACUCAGCAGAGUGAUCUCCAAAAACACCAGCGCAUUCACACAGGAGAGAAGCCGUUUCACUGCUCACAGUGUGGAAAGAGUUUUACUCAGCAGAGUCACUUCCAAAAACACCAGCGCAUUCACACAGGAGAGAAGCCGUAUCACUGCUCACAGUGUGGGAAGAGUUUUACUCAGCAGAGUCACUUCCAAAUACACCAGCGCAUUCACACAGGAGAGAAGCCGUAUCACUGCUUACAGUGUGGGAAGAGUUUUACUAGUCAGAGUCAUCUCCAAACACACCAGCGCAUUCACACAGGAGAGAAACCGUAUCACUGCUCACAGUGUGGGAAGAGUUUUACUAGUCAGAGUUAUCUCCGACUACACCAGCGCAUUCACACAGGAGAGAAGCCGUAUCACUGCUCACAGUGUGGGAAGAGUUUUACUCAUCAGAGUGCUCUCCGAUUACACCAGCGCAUUCACACAGGAGAGAAGCCGUAUCACUGCUCACAGUGUGGGAGGAGUUUUACUAGUCAGAGUUAUCUCCGACUACACCAGCGCAUUCACACAGGAGAGAAGCCGUAUCACUGCUCACAGUGUGGGAAGAGUUUUACUCAUCAGAGUGCUCUCCGACUACACCAGCGCAUUCACACAGAAGAGAAGCCGUAUCACUGCUCACAGUGUGGGAAGAGUUUUACUCAGCAGAGUGCUCUCCGACUACACCAGCGCAUUCACACAGGAGAGAAGCCGUAUCACUGCUCACAGUGUGGGAAGAGUUUUACUCAGCAGAGUGCUCUCCAACAACACCAGCACAUUCACACAGGAGAGAAGCCGUAUCACUGCUCACAGUGUGGGAAGAGUUUUACUAGUCAGAGUUAUCUCCGACUACACCAGCGCAUUCACACAGGAGAGAAGCCGUAUCACUGCUCACAGUGUGGGAAGAGUUUUACUAGUCAGAGUUAUCUCCGACUACACCAGCGCAUUCACACAGGAGAGAAGCCGUUUCACUGCUCACAGUGUGGGAAGAGUUUUACUCGUCAGAGUGCUCUCCAACAACACCAGCGCAUUCACACAGGAGAGAAGCCGUAUCACUGCUCACAGUGUGGGAAGAGUUUUACUCAGCAGAGUCAUCUCCAACAACACCAGCGCAUUCACACAGGAGAGAAGCCAUAUCACUGCUCACAGUGUGGGAAGACUUUUACUCAUCAGAGUGCUCUCCAAACACACCAGCGCAUUCACACAGGAGAGAAGCUGUAUCACUGCUCACAGUGUGGGAAGAGUUUUACUCAUCAGAGUGCUCUCCAAACACACCAGCGCAUUCACACAGGAGAGAAGCCGUUUCACUGCUCACAGUGUGGGAAGAGUUUUACUCGGCAGAGUGCUCUCCAAACACACCAGCACAUUCACACAGGAGAGAAGCCGUUUCACUGCUCACAGUGUGGGAAGAGUUUUACUCAGCAGAGUCAUCUCCAACAACACCAGCGCAUUCACACAGGAGAGAAGCUAUAUCACUGCUCGCAGUGUGGGAAGAGUUUUACUCAUCAGAGUGAUCUCCGACUACACCAGCGCAUUCACACAGGAGAGAAGCCGUAUCACUGCUCACAGUGUGGGAAGAGUUUUACUCAGCAGAGUCAUCUCCAACAACACCAGCACAUUCACACAGGAGAGAAGCCGUUUCACUGCUCACAGUGUGGGAAGAGUUUUACUCAGCAGAGUGCUCUCCAAACACACCAGCGCAUUCACACAGGAGAGAAGCCGUAUCACUGCUCACAGUGUGGGAAGAGUUUUACUCAGCAUAGUGAUCUCCGACUACACCAGCGCAUUCACACAGGAGAGAAGCCGUAUCACUGCUCACAGUGUGGGAAGAGUUUUACUCAGCAGAGUCAUCUCCAACAACACCAGCGCAUUCACACAGGAUAGAAGCCGUAUCACUGCUCACAGUGUGGAAAGAUGUUUGCUUGUUUAGUUACAUUUAAGACCUUCAAGUGCACUAACUCAGAGAUACUGCAUGAUUUAAAGUUGUCAAAUUAAAUAUGGUUGUUACAGUUUUGACUGAAAAUGACCUGUACUUUGAACUUUAUUGUUCAUGUUACACUGGUCAACAAUUUUUCAGAAGUUGUCUGCUUCAGAGAUGAAGUUGGCUAUUAUGAAAUUUGGUGUGUUGAAUUAGAAGUGACAGUUAAUAAGCUGAUUGGCUGUGGCUUCCAAGAUAUUUAAGAUUUUAAAUUUUAUACUUAUGUACAUUGUAUAGAUCGUAAUGUUUUAAAUAUAAAUUGUAAAACUAGGUCUCGUG